UGAUGUGACAUCAAACCUAACUUAAAGUUACUUGGAUCCUGGUUGGAGGAUUCAGGUUAUCUCGGCCUCUACCUGCUGGAUAAGUUCGGUACCACAUCACCACACGGCGCCAUAUUAGACAGACAUUAUACUGCUGCGGAAUACGGACCAAGUCAAGGAAAGGGAACGGUACUCCAGAUGACAAGGGUACACAGGCCGCAGUAGUCUAUUCGCAAAAACACUCGAGGUAACUGCUUUAUGGUUGACAACGAGUAAUUGAGACAAGCAUCUCGGGCAGCGCAGUCCGAGGCGUGUUGUUUUCGUGGUGGUUUAGCUAGCUAAGUUGCCGGGCAGACAUGACUUCCUUGGUUCAGCGGAGCUCGGGCCUCGUGCAGAGGCGGACCGAAGCCUCGCGCAACGCCGCUGACAAAGACCGUCCGUCCGGCGAGGAGGACCAUGAGCCCCGACGGGGAGACGAGCAGGACGAGGACGAUACCGGAGACUCCAAAGAAGCACGUCUCACCUUGAUGGAAGAAGUGCUCUUGUUAGGGCUGAAGGACCGAGAGGGCUACACCUCGUUCUGGAAUGACUGCAUUUCAUCAGGGCUGCGUGGCUGCAUGCUGAUAGAACUGGCUCUGCGAGGACGGCUUCAGCUAGAGGCUUGUGGCAUGCGGAGGAAAGGUCUGCUGGCCAGAAAGGUGAUUUGUAAGUCGGACGCUCCAACGGGUGACGUGCUCCUGGAUGAAGCCCUAAAACACAUCAAAGACACCCAGCCGCCGGAGAGCGUGCAGAGCUGGAUCGAACUGCUCAGCGGAGAGACGUGGAACCCCCUGAAGCUCCAUUACCAGCUGAGGAACGUCCGCGAACGGCUGGCCAAAAACCUUGUGGAGAAAGGUGUCCUCACCACCGAGAAGCAGAACUUCCUGCUUUUUGACAUGACCACGCAUCCUCUCACCAACAACAACAUCAAGCAGCGCCUCAUCAAGAGGGUGCAGGAGGCCGUGCUGGACAAGUGGGUGAACGACCCCCAGCGUAUGGACAAGCGGCUGCUGGCGCUCAUCUUCCUGGCCCACUCCUCGGACGUCCUGGAGAACGCCUUCGCCCCGCUGCUGGACGACCAGUACGACCUGGCCAUGAAGAGAGUGCGGCAGCUGCUGGAGCUGGAGCCCGAGGGGGAGAGCCUGAAGGCCAACGCCAACGAGCUGCUAUGGGCCGUGGUGGCCGCCUUCACCAAAUGAGGCCGCCACAGCGGGGACAGCGAGCAGUCGUGGCAUUCAAGUGGCAUUGUGCUCUGGGGCAGGAAUCCAUAGUACUGACCCCAACGUGGUGACUUGACUGAAUUUCAGUUUACCCCCUGCCUCGACUUUUGGAAUGGGAUGCCCUCUUUUCUUCUCAUCCCUCUCCCUCCCGUUGUUUUCUUUUCCUUCCAGAUAACUGUUCACCCCCCCCACCCCCAUGUGUCAUUUGUGUUCACUUUUGCUAAAAAAAAAUUAAUAACUCUCAUGGAACAUUGAAUCAAGUUGUUGGGGAUGAUAUGGGUGAGUCCAAAUGAAGAUGUUGGUUCAUAUCCUCUUUUAUUUUCUAUCGGGUAUAUCUUUCUAUGGAACUGUUUUCUUAGAGGUACGCUAUGUACGGCACAGGUUACUCAAGGUAGCAUCCUGACACGCCUGAGAAUAAAAUAACCAACCGCCA